AUGUUUCACCGCGGUUUCAGAUUGCUCCAUGUGUGGCGACCUGCUGUGCGUGUCGUGACAGAUGCGGUGAACCCAGCAGGAACUUGUACGUUGCCAAGGGGCGCUGAUGGUCUGACCUACACGAAGAAUCUAGGUCUUGCAUUCAAGAAGCCAGAACUUGAUCGUCCGUUGUUGCCACUUCCUUUGGACCUCAUGUCGUCACGCUUCUCUUCUGCUGUCGAGCUCAAGCCUGACGGAUCGCCUCUGGUACUGCCCCGUCCUACAUAUCCUCUCAGUAUCGUAAUCUUGCCACCACUUCACUCACAACACGAUACAAGACUCAGGAUGUCUGGUUAUCGAUCGAACAGUACUGGUACCGGCCGCAAGGUCGGCAGGCAAAGGUGGUCUUCAAUAACACAUCCCGAUGGAAUGAGCUCCAAGUCGGAGGGUCAAGGCUUGAACUUCUCCAGCUUUCAUGGGUAUGAUCUUGCCCCUACGGGAUUGGAGGUCGACCACGGUCCCAGGGAUCCUUGGCUACUCCACACCACUGAUCGCCGUAUGGAAGGGGCGCUUCCAUGGAUCGGUCCCCAGUGGUGGCCACUCGCGCCAUUGGCGGCAAUCCUCAACCAAGAAAGAUCCGAGGCAGCAAGGAUCUCAGACGUCCAUCCUGAGUCGUCCUCAACUCCCUUUAUACCGGAGGUUCAAGCGAGUACCGAGGUAUCCCGCACUCUCGAGCAGGAUCUGACCGCAAGGACGAACAGAAAAGAGUCCUUAUCGCCUGAAUCCGACUUCUACCCAGUCUCCAUAUCUGAGUCCGAAGACACUGAUUGCGGCGCGAGUGAUCAAAGCGAAGGCGAGCGGAUUCUUAAGGGCGAGAAUGACUCUGAGUCUGGCCAUCCCAAGGGUAAUUUAACCACUCAACGCCAGUCGUCGGCAGCCUUUCCAAAUUGGUCGGAGCACAUGCAACUUGGUGUCCCGGCCCACGAAACAACCCUCCGACAGAGGAACAGAAUGAGGCUUAGAUCCAAAAUUCGGCGGAGACUAGCAACGCUCACGAGUCGGGGCAUACUUCGCACCGCAAGGACUUGUGGCAUGCAGAUACCUCUGUGGUGUCUGGACCAAAUCAUCCAUCGGACGACCUAUCCGAGCUCCGAUCAUCGAAGUUACGAGGGCUAUGCGAUUCAUGAGGUACCCAGGGAGAUCGAUGACCGCAAAUCCAAACGGACGUAUCGAUUCCUGGACCCGCCAGCUGCUCGGAAUACUGGUGAGCGCUUGCGGCCGCUUGUUGUGGAGGCAAAGACCAAACGUGCUCGUAUCAACAAGCAGGAUACAGCGGCGACGUCUGCCCAGACUGCUCCUCGUGUCUCAAAUCGGACGGGAGUCCCAGUGAUUUCUUCAGUGGAGGCUCGCGAGCGCCAUUACCGGAAAUUGGUGGCUGCGUAUCUCACGCUGGAUGCUCGGGGAAUUAGAUGUACGCAAGGACUCGAUAGUCGGAACCUCCAGCUGGGGUGGUUGAGGGGACUGAUCGAGCGGACAGAACCUACUGGCGGACAGGCUGAAGCGCAGACUUCCUCUGGGCUGGUCAUACACAAUACCGGUCUCAAAGGCGGAACGAUGAAGCCUACUCUACUAGAUUGGAGGAAGAAGAUCGGCCCUGAGGGUGGUGGCGAGAUCAGGACGCUGAACUCCGGGCGCCAAGUCAGCGUCACAGAAGCCAGCACUUGUGGCUUGCGUAUUAAGGGUUGUGCUAGAGUGAGCUUCCUUUAUUGUCAGCUUCUUUUGAACUGUCGCCACGCUUCUUUGCUGCUACACUUGGCUGCACCGCGGUCUCUAGAGUCUUUCUUGCCAUUGUACCUCAGCGUAGCUCCACUAUCUGAACCACCUGUCCAGGAACGCUCAUCAACACAAUACGGAAGCAUAAUGUUCAACUAUCAAGCCACAACAGACGCAGGCGAUGAGCCCUGCUUUCCACCCUCUGACUACCCGGCCCCCUCCCCCGACGGCCCAAGAGACCCGUGGCUCCUCGACACCAUCGACUGCGGCGUGGAAGGGUCGCUGCCAUGGAUACGGGCCCAGUGGCCGUCCAUACCGCUACCCACUGUGGGCUCAUCCAAAAGGAUGCAUCACGAAGCGCCAGUCCUUGCCACUCGUCCGAUGGCCGAAUCCACUUCAAUGCCCUUGGCACCGGACUUGAUUCCCAAGGCAACCUCGAUCAGAAACGAGCUUUUAUGGCCUGACUCUGACUCCGAUACUGAUCUCGACUUUGACUCUGAAGACCCUGAUCGGGACCUGAGCGAAGAAGAUGACAGCGAGCAAUGUGUCAAAGAGGAAGAUGACGACUAG